GCAGAUUAUCUCCACAUGAUUCUAACCAUCUCAUGGCAAAACUUAAACAAAAAAGUACACCUACAUGUUAUUUAAACACCAGCCAUAAACAAAUACCAUUAAACUAUUCAGGGUCCCUUCAAACUUUAUCUUUUCAUAAUCAGCAGACCAGCCGAAAUAAGCGUUUUUCUCAGAACCCUUCACCUCAUUAUGCUUUUGCCAAAUGGGACGUUUAUCGGUGUCAAUUUAGUACACAAGAAGAGAGCUGCUGUUGUUCAUGUAAUUCAGAUGCUAUGUUUGAGGUCAUGAAAAGUCUAUACGAUUGUUAUAAAAAGAAAAAUUGUGAUAAUUGCAAUUGUAUACUUUGUGGACAUCUUCCUAGAGAAGAGCGACGAUUAGGUGAAUUGCGUAAAACUGGAAUUACUGAGUUAGAAGCAAAAGGAAAGAAGAAAGAAAAACGAAAAAUAAAAAGUAAAGAACUUUUAGCUAUCAAAAAAGCUAAAACACCAGAAGAAAAGGAAGCAGCAUUAAAGAAACUAAUAUUAUCUGGUGUAGCUUUACCAGAGCCAAAAACAACAUCAGAAAAAGACCUGAUCGAAAAAGUGAAAACACAACUAGCCAUGCCGCCGCAGCCACGUAGUAAAUCAGAAAAGGAAUUAUACAAAAAAGCCGAAGCCGAAGGUUUGAUCACCCCUCUUGAGGGAAAAACUAAAUCACAAAAGCUCAAAAUUUUACAAAAACAAAGAGAUCUGGGAUUAUCUUUACCCGAAGGACGUACUCUAUCUGAGAAAGCACUUAUAGAAAAGAUUAAAUCAUCUGGAGUUGUGUCAGUUGCUACAGAAGUACCAUCAGAAAAAUUACGUAAAGCAAAAAAAGAAGGUCUUUUAACUCCACUGGAAGGAAAAACUCCGCAGCAGAAAAAGACAAUUCUUAAAGGUUUAGCCAUGAAUGGAAUUCCUUUGCCAAAGGGGAAGACUAACUCUGAACGCAACUUAAUUGAUCAAGUCCGAGAUGAACUUGGGCUUCCUCCACAACCAAAAACUUUAGCAGAUAAAAAAAAUUAUAAAAAAGCUUUCAACGCAGGUAUAAUAACUCCAUUAGAAGGAAAAACUUCUAGACAGAAAGAAGAUAUCCUAAGGAAACAGGCAGAAAUGGGUUUACCUCUACCCCGAGGAAGAACACCAUCUGAAAAAGCCCUCAUUGAAAAGAUUAAAAAAACUACGAGGCCACUUUCAGAGUUUCGAGUUCCAUCAGAAAAACUUAGAAAAGCUAAAGCUGAGGGAUUGUUGACACCUUUAAAAGGCAAAACAAAAGCACAGAAAGAAAAAAUUCUUCGAGGUUUAGCUAAGAAUGGAAUUCCUCUUCCUGAAGGGAAAACCGAGUCUGAAAAAAAAAUACUUAAUAAGGUAAGAGUAGAUCUCGGAUUACCACCGGAACCAAAAACAUCAAGUGAAAAAAGUAAAUACAACAAAGCUUUCGCAUCUGGUAUAAUAACUCCCUUAGAAGGGAAAACACCCCAACAGAAAGAAGAUAUACUAAGGAAACAAGCAGAAAUGGGUAUACCUUUGCCCCAAGGUAGGACAGCAUCAGAAAAAGCCCUUAUAGCAAACAUUCAACAGACUGUAAGACCACCUUCAGCGAUAAGAGUCCCAUCGGCAAAAAUGAGAAAAGCAAAAGCUGAGGGAUUGUUAACACCUUUAAAGGGCAAGACAACAGCACAGAGAGAAAAUAUUCUUCGAGGUUUAGCUCAAAACGGUAUUCCCCUACCUGAAGGGAAAACUGAGUCGGAAAAAAAUAUAAUUAAUAAGGUACGAGCAGAUCUCGGAUUACCACCGGAACCAAAAACAUCAGCCGAAAGAAAUAAUUACAAAAAGGCAUUCGCUUCUGGCAUAAUUACUCCAUUAGAGGGGAAAACGCCCCAACAGAAAGAAGACAUACUAAGGAAACAAGCAGAAAUGGGUAUACCUUUGCCCCAAGGUAGGACAGCAUCAGAAAAAGCCCUUAUAGCAAACAUUCAACAGACUGUAAGACCACCUUCAGCGAUAAGAGUCCCAUCCGCAAAAAUGAGAAAAGCAAAAGCUGAGGGAUUGUUAACACCUUUAAAGGGCAAGACAACAGCACAGAGAGAAAAUAUUCUUCGAGGUUUAGCUCAAAACGGUAUUCCCCUACCUGAAGGGAAAACUGAGUCGGAAAAAAAUAUAAUUAAUAAGGUACGAGCAGAUCUCGGAUUACCACCGGAACCAAAAACAUCAGCCGAAAGAAAUAAUUACAAAAAGGCAUUCGCUUCUGGCAUAAUUACUCCAUUAGAGGGGAAAACGCCCCAACAGAAAGAAGACAUACUAAGGAAACAAGCAGAAAUGGGUAUACCUUUGCCCCAAGGUAGGACAGUAUCAGAAAAAGCCCUUAUAGCAAACAUUCAACAGACUGUAAGACCACCUUCAGCGAUAAGAGUACCAUCCGCAAAAAUGAGAAAAGCAAAAGCUGAGGGAUUGUUAACACCUUUAAAGGGCAAGACAACAGCACAGAGAGAAAAUAUUCUUCGAGGUUUAGCUCAAAACGGUAUUCCCCUACCUGAAGGGAAAACUGAGUCGGAAAAAAAUAUAAUUAAUAAGGUACGAGCAGAUCUCGGAUUACCACCGGAACCAAAAACAUCAACCGAAAGAAAUAAUUACAAAAAGGCAUUCGCUUCUGGCAUAAUAACCCCAUUAGAGGGGAAAACGCCCCAACAGAAAGAAGACAUACUAAGGAAACAAGCAGAAAUGGGUAUACCUUUGCCCCAAGGUAGGACAGCAUCAGAAAAAGCCCUUAUAGCAAACAUUCAACAGACUGUAAGACCACCUUCAGCGAUAAGAGUACCAUCCGCAAAAAUGAGAAAAGCAAAAGCUGAGGGAUUGUUGACACCUUUAAAGGGCAAGACAACAGCACAGAGAGAAAAUAUUCUUCGAGGUUUAGCUCAAAACGGUAUUCCCCUACCUGAAGGGAAAACCGAGUCCGAAAAAAAUAUAAUUAAUAAGGUACGAGCAGAUCUCGGAUUACCACCGGAACCAAAAACAUCAGCCGAAAGAAAUAAUUACAAAAAGGCAUUCGCUUCUGGCAUAAUAACUCCAUUAGAGGGGAAAACGCCCCAACAGAAAGAAGACAUACUAAGGAAACAAGCAGAAAUGGGUAUACCUUUGCCCCAAGGUAGGACAGCAUCAGAAAAAGCCCUUAUAGCAAACAUUCAACAGACUGUAAGACCACCUUCAGCGAUAAGAGUACCAUCCGCAAAAAUGAGAAAAGCAAAAGCUGAGGGAUUGUUAACACCUUUAAAGGGCAAGACAACAGCACAGAGAGAAAAUAUUCUUCGAGGUUUAGCUCAAAACGGUAUUCCCCUACCUGAAGGGAAAACCGAGUCCGAAAAAAAUAUAAUUAACAAGGUACGAGCAGAUCUCGGAUUACCACCGGAACCAAAAACAUCAGCCGAAAGAAAUAAUUACAAAAAGGCAUUCGCUUCUGGCAUAAUAACUCCAUUAGAGGGGAAAACGCCCCAACAGAAAGAAGACAUACUAAGGAAACAAGCAGAAAUGGGUAUACCUUUGCCCCAAGGUAGGACAGCAUCAGAAAAAGCCCUUAUAGCAAACAUUCAACAGACUGUAAGACCACCUUCAGCGAUAAGAGUCCCAUCUGCAAAAAUGAGAAAAGCAAAAGCUGAGGGAUUGUUAACACCUUUAAAGGGCAAGACAACAGCACAGAGAGAAAAAAUUCUUCGAGGUUUAGCUCAAAACGGUAUUCCCCUUCCUGAAGGGAAAACUAAAUCUGAAAGAAAAAUAAUAGACAAGGUAAGAGCUGAUCUUGGGUUACCCCCCGAGCCAAAAACUUCAACUGAAAAGGGCGCAUACAAAAAAGCUUUAGCAGCAGGUAUAAUAACGCCAUUAGAAGGGAAAACGCCCCAAGAGAAAGAAGAUAUACUAAGAAAACAAGCGGAGAUGGGAGUUCUUCUCCCACAAGGACGAACGCCUUCUGAAAAAGCUAUUAUAGCUAAAAUUCAGCGAACCGUUAAGCCACAUCCAAUAUUAGAAGAAGCUUUUCCAACAGGGAAUCUAGCAGAAAAAGAGAAAGCUUUAAAAAAUUUAGCAGUACAAGGUAAAAAUUUGCCAGCGGCAAGAACACCUUCUGAAGAAAAAUUACUAAAUAAAGUUCGACGUGACCUAGGUUUACCCCCAGAACCAAAAUCUCAAGCGGAAAGGGAGCGAUAUAACCAAGCAUUAGCAGCAGGUAUAAUAGAUCCAUUGGAUGGUAAAACUAUGCCCCAGAAAGAGAGAAUUCUUCAAGCGCAAGCUGAUAUGGGUAUUCCUUUACCAGAAGGUCGAACAGCAUCAGAAAAGGCUUUAAUUAAGGAGAUUAAAUCCGGUAAGAGAAAGCGAGCCAAAUCAUUACCACCAGCGGAGUUAAAAAAAUUGGAUACAAAAACAGCAAAAAAAAUGAAGGAAGGAAAAGGGCCAAGCGAUGAAUGUAUAUGUGAUAUACUUACACCGGAAUCAGAAAAAAUUGCUAUUAAGUCACGCGUACCCUCAGAAAAAAUUCGUAAAGCUAAAGAAGCUGGCUUACUGACGCCACUUGAAGGUAAAUCUACAAAGGAUAAGGAGAGAAUACUUAAAAGUUUGGCUAAAGAAGGACUACCGCUACCUGAACCAAAAACUGUGUCUGAAAAAAAGUUAAUAGAUAAAAUAAAAACUGAAAUGGGAAUACUACCUGUUACAGCAAUCACUUCUGAAAAAUUGCGCAAAGCAAAAGCAGCGGGCUUAAUGACACCUUUAACAGGUAAGUCACCAAAAGAAAAAGAACGAAUAGUUAGAAGCUUAGCAAAAGAAGGACUUCCGUUACCUGAACCAAAAACUGCUUCUGAAAAGAAGUUAAUAGAGAAAGUAAAAACAGAAAUGGGAAUGCCUCCAUCUGUCCCUUCUGAAAAACUCCGCAAAGCCAAAGAAGCUGGCUUACUAACACCCCUGAAAGGUAAAACUACAAAAGAACAAGAAAGGAUUUUAAAAGGCUUCGAAAAGCGAAAGCAGCAGGUUUAA